AUGGUGGUCAACUUCAAGGUGUUCAAGAAGUGUUCUCCGAACAACAUGAUCACGCUCUACAUGAACAGGCGUGAUUUUGUGGAUUCCGUGACUCAGGUGGAGCCCAUUGAUGGAAUUGUUGUGCUGGACGAUGAGUACGUGCGCCAGAACCGCAAGAUCUUCGUACAGUUGGUCUGCAAUUUCCGCUACGGACGCGAGGACGACGAGAUGAUCGGCCUGCGGUUCCAGAAGGAACUGACCCUGGUCUCGCAGCAGGUGUGCCCGCCCCAGAAGCAGGACAUCCAGCUGACCAAGAUGCAGGAGCGCCUGCUGAAGAAGCUCGGCUCCAAUGCCUAUCCUUUCGUGAUGCAGAUGCCGCCCAGCUCGCCGGCCUCGGUGGUUCUCCAGCAGAAGGCCAGUGACGAGAGCCAGCCCUGCGGAGUCCAGUACUUCGUCAAGAUCUUCACCGGGGACAGUGACUGCGACCGAUCGCAUCGCAGGAGCACCAUUAACCUGGGUAUCCGCAAGGUGCAGUAUGCACCCACCAAGCAGGGCAUCCAGCCCUGCACCGUCGUCCGCAAGGACUUCCUUCUGUCGCCCGGGGAGCUCGAACUGGAGGUCACCCUCGACAAGCAGCUGUACCACCACGGCGAGAAGAUCUCGGUGAACAUCUGCGUGCGCAACAACUCCAACAAGGUGGUCAAGAAGAUCAAGGCCAUGGUGCAGCAGGGCGUCGAUGUGGUCCUGUUCCAGAACGGCCAGUUCCGCAACACGAUCGCCUUCAUGGAGACGAGCGAGGGAUGUCCACUGAACCCGGGAUCCAGCCUGCAGAAGGUCAUGUACCUGGUGCCCACUCUGGUGGCCAAUUGUGAUCGCGCGGGCAUCGCCGUUGAGGGGGAUAUUAAGCGCAAGGACACGGCUCUGGCCUCGACCACACUUAUUGCCAGUCAGGACGCGAGGGACGCCUUUGGCAUAAUUGUUUCAUAUGCUGUGAAGGUCAAGCUUUUCCUGGGCGCCUUGGGCGGCGAGCUCUGUGCCGAGCUGCCAUUUAUUCUGAUGCACCCGAAGCCAAGUCGCAAGGCCCAACUGGAAGCCGAGGGCUCCAUUGAGGCCUAA